AUGCCGCCCCCCAGCCGUAAAACAGCCACCUUCAAGGCUCGUGUUCCCAAGAAGAAAUACACUUCGGAACACUGCUCAUCUACUACCACCAGUAACCAUAACAACCCUGCCUCCAGCAUGCCCCCCUCUCUUCCUCCAAGUGGUAGGGUCCUCAAUCAUGGGCCUACGAGUUCAGGAAGCAACAUCAGCAUCUUGUACCCUGAUGGCAGCAGUCGCAGUAGGAGCCUGAUGGAUGACUUCCACAGCAGGAACACGGUUAGGGAGGGGCCUCAGGACAGCUCCCCAGGACCCCCUACCCUGUUGCUGGGAGGGGAGAGGGAAAGGCCUGGAGGAGGCGAAGGGGUGAGAGAUACAGAGCGGGUGUCACCCAGCCCCCUGCCACGCUGCUCUUCCACAGACACCGCCAGCGAGCAUUCAGCUGACCUGGAGGUGGUGGGCGACACACAUGCUAUUGCGCAGAUGCCUGCACACGCACCAUCCAGCCUUCGUGACGCGCUCUCCGACGCCCUGGCCAAAGGGCUGAAGAAUCAGCGUGUCCUUGCUCGCCAGUUCAGGAGAGGUCAUGAGGAAGGAGGAGGGAAAUGGAGAGAUGAAGGGGGGAGUUCAGACUUGCUCUUCCGGGCUGGGGUUGUCCGUAAGGUCAGUGGGGAAUAUGGAAGCCUGGAGGUGCAACUGAAUGGGGAGAAGACACUGCGUCGUUAUCCAUAUCGACAUGACAGCCCCCCAGGCGUGGUAGACAUUAUCCUAGAUGCCCCCCCACCUGGGGUCCAUCCAAUAGCUAUUGGAACCCGUGUCUGUGUACCAUUUAGCAGUGAGGAGGGCAGCAAGGGCCAGUGGCAGUGGUACAGAGAAGGUGUGGUGACCGAGAUAGACACACACCCUGCUGUGGCCAAUCGCUACCGUGUCCUGCUGUCUGAGGAAAGGCCUCAAUCUGUGGAUGAGGAAGGAGCAGCUGGUGCUCCCCAAGCAGUAUGGGUCCCCCGACAAACACUCCGGCUUCUGGUUCCUCCAUGGGACCUUGAUUUGCCAUCUGGAGGAGGGCGAGAGGGAGAAGAAGGGGUCAGAGACAAGGCAAUGGAGCGGGAAGAGAGGGAGGAGAUGGACAUGGAGCAGGAGGUUUGUCAUUUGAGCCGGGGAAUGGCCCCAGGAGUGGGGUCAGUGUUGGGGAGAGGUUUGCCCUACUCAGGUAUGGUGCCUGUUUCCUCCACAUCAGGCCACACCAUUACCUCUCCAGUAACUCCAGCAUCAGUCCUCAGUCUCGCUCCUGGUCGAGAGUGGGAAAUGGAGAAAGACUUGGAGAGGGACAUCCAGAGAAAACAGGAAAGAGAGAGUGAAAGAGAUCGAGAAAGGGAGAACAGUGCAAAGCAGCAGCAGCAACACCACCCAUACAUGCCACUCACCCCCGACGAAGACAUGGAGGUGUCCGGCUUUAACCUGGUCCCCAUGGGGGCAGUCAUACCUGGGGCCAAGCAAAUGGCAGUUCCCCAACAUCGCCACAUCAUCUCUAAGCCCCCACCUGGCUACCUCAAUCCCCACCUGUCUGUGGUGCGGGGCAUUGGAAUCUCCCCCGCUCACCUGGCCUUGAACCCCCACCCCCCUCCUUCACCUGUCCUAUUAGUUCCUCCUCUCCCUCCCAUCUCCUCUUCUACUGUGCCCUCCUCUAGAGUAGAAAAGGCCUCGGGAGGAGGUUCUUCUAGUGGAGGAGCAGGUGGUGGCAGUGGAUCUGGAUCUGGUUCGUCCUCCUCCUCACGUUCCCGCACCCCUCUGACAGCUGCCCAGCAAAAGUACAAGAAAGGAGAUGUGGUGUGCACACCGACAGGCAUUCGUAAGAAGUUCAAUGGGAAGCAGUGGAGGAGACUGUGCUCCAGAGAGGGCUGCUCUAAGGAGUCCCAGCGCCGAGGAUACUGCUCCAGACACCUCUCAAUGAGGACCAAAGAGAUGGAAGCCAGUGGAGGAGGCCGGGAUCGGGGUGGAGCCAGCAGCACAGGGACCCUAACGCCGUCUGACCUUCGAUUAGCUGGUGGGAGGGCCAGCUCAGAUUUUGACUGGGAUGAGACGUCACGGGAGAGCAGCGAGACCAGCAGCCGCGGAGGAGACUCCCGUCCCCGCCUAGUCCUUCCCUCUCUGCUCCCCCAGGACCUCUCUCGAUUUGACUUUGAUGAGUGUGAGGCAGCGACAAUGCUGGUCUCCCUGGGGGGCUCCCGCUCAGGCACACCUUCAUAUUCCCCUAUCUCCAACCAGUCGCCCUUCUCCCCUACCCCAUCGCCUUCACCUUCACCACUAUUUGGCUUCCGCCCUGCCAAUUUCAGCCCCAUCACUGCUCCACACCGCCAUCGCCAGCUUAGUGGCACUAAGAUAGGCACACCAGGUGCUGAGCGUGAGCGCCACCUGCCAGGAAUUGUGCCCACUUUUCAGACCAAUCUCACUUUUACAGUUCCCAUGAGUCCCAGCAAGAGGAAGCUCGACAGCCACCCACCCCCCCCAUUGCCUACAGCCCAGGACUACCAGAGCAAACCUGAGCAGCAGCAGCUGGUGAGCAUAGGUGGAGGGGUGGUAGGAGAGCCAGCCCUAGGCCACAGCCCUGCUGCCUUCAGAGUCCUUUCCCCCCAGAGUCAGCCGACAACCCCAUCCUCUCUCUCCUUCCCCCGGUCCCGUAGUGCCACCAGCAGGCCACCAUCCUCUGCUGCCUCCACACCGCCACCCAUGCUGGUCUCUCCCACACCUCCUUCCCCACUUCCCCAAGAACCCUCACCACGCUGCAUUGUGCCCCUUCGUGAUUCCCCAGUCAUUGUCCGUAACCCGGAUGUCCCUCUGGCCAAGUUCUCCGAUGGUCCAUUAGGAAAGAGAGACAGAAGCAGGUCCAGGGAGCACAGCCAGCCCCAACACGCCGCUCCCCCAGGUCUGCAGGCUCCCGUCCCCAUCAAUGGGGCCACCACCAAUGGUGCAGUUCUCCUGCGCAACCCCACAUCCACACUUGUCCUGGUCACCUCCAGCUCAUCCCUGACUCCAGCCACAGCAGGCCUCACUGCCCUGUCCAGCCCCUCUACCCCUGGGUCCAUGUCCACUUCAUCAGCCUCUGUCCUGUCCUCCUCUGGGUCUGGAGGCAGGGAGAGGGAGCGGAACCCUGAGGGACACCAGAACACCUCUGGGGGAGCACUGCCCCAGCCGGUAGCCUGUCACCCUACACCCACCGCCCUGCUGCCACUCAUACUACCAGCGGAGUCACCUCACCCUGCUCCACGCAAGCAGAUCAUCAUGGGGCGGCCAGGCACCGUUUGGACCAAUGUGGAGCCUCGGUCGGUGCCAGUGUUCCCUUGGCAUUCACUCGUCCCUUUCCUGGAGGCCAGCCAAUCAGGAGCUGCCGCCCAGCCUGCUGACGGCCAGCAGCUUGUCAAUCAGAAUAAAGAGCCUCGUUGUGGUGUCGCCCUGGUGAGUGAUGGACGGAGCGGCACCCCAGACCUAGAGAGGGGAUCGCCGUCACGCCCUGCCCCGACCCAUGACAAUCCCCCUACAGACAGGGGCGGGGCUGACAGCGAGACAGAAAGUGAUACAGAUGACCCGUUCUCCCCAGGUGUGGCCAGUGAUCCAGCGCCCUCCACCAGCCACAUCAAGAGACGCACACAGUCCCUCAGUGCCCUGCCCAGGGAUGGAGACAGGAAGAGGGAGAAGGACCACAUCCGCCGUCCCAUGAAUGCAUUUAUGAUCUUCAGCAAACGCCACCGGGCCCUGGUGCACCAGCGACAUCCUAACCAGGACAACCGGACCGUCAGCAAGAUCCUGGGGGAGUGGUGGUACGCACUGGGGCCCAGCGAGAAACAGCAGUACCACGAUCUGGCCUUUCAGGUGAAGGAGGCCCACUUCAGAGCCCACCCAGACUGGAAGUGGUGCAACAAGGACCGCAGGAAGUCGCUGUCCGAGGGCCGCGGGACCCCAAAGGAGCCGCGGGAGAGGAGCAUGUCAGAGAGCGUAGAUCCCAUUUCAGAGUCCCAGGUGCUGGAGGGGAAAGGAGGAGGCUCAGGCUGGCCAGGGGGAUCAGAGCAUCGAGGGGGGCUGUUUGCGGGGCAGCAUCCCCGUCCCCGAGCCUUUUCCCAGAGUGCCGUGCACACCCUGGAGCAGAGGGAAAGGGAGAGAGACCUGGAGAAGGAGGACAGGGCGAGCUUGUUUCGGAACAGGGCCCCACCACAGUCCAUUUGCCAGGGUGGGGCUGGAGAGGAUGUGACCAGUGAUGAAGAGCGUAUGGUCAUCUGUGAGGAAGAAGGGGAUGAUGAUGUAAUGGAAGAUUCAUGUCCUGAAGGCUCCAUUGACCUCAAAUGUAAAGAGAGAGUGACAGACAGUGAUGAAGAUGAACCUGAUGGACAGCAUGGCUUCCAGCCAGUGGCUCUCUCCUCUCUUCCCUCCUCCUCUCCCUCCAAUUCUCACUCUGACUCCACCCCAGCUAAAAGGAAUGGAGGAGGAGGAGGAGGUGCUGAAGACAGGUUUGAAAGAAAGACAAAGAGAGGCAUAGAUGGAGCAGAGGAAGGAAGCAAUGGAGGACCUAAGCGAGAAGAAACAGGUGGAGGGGAAGGAGACUGUGGAGGCGGGCAGUGUGUCUCCUCUCUGUCCAUCACAGACUCGGCAUCCAGCACCCUGGCUCCCCUCGCUUUGGCCCAGCAGGGUCUGACCCAGGUCUUCGGUGCCGUUCGCAUGGCUCCCACCAUGGUGACCAAUGUGGUACGGCCCAUCGCCAGCACGCCCAUUCCCUUCGCCAGCAAGCCUGUGGAAGGAGCCAUCACCCUCAGUCCUUUGCCCCAGGACAAGAAAGCCACUCUUCUGAUUGGAGCAGGUGGAUCUCAGGAGCUGCCAAUCGCUGCAGGGGGUGGGUACCUCUCCUCAUCCUCCUCCCCUGGUCCGCUCAGUGUAACCCCUGUGGGGGGCAGCAGCCUGGUCACUAGCCUAGUUCUGGGAGGGUCCUUCCCUGCUGCCCAGCCAGUGCAGCACCUCACCCCUCAACCACCACAACUGCACGCACAAACCCCCCUACCUAUCCUACAGCCCCAGCUUCACCCCACUGCAGCAACCUCCUCUCUCACACCUCCCGCCGGCUCCAAGCCGCUAGCGCAGGUCCAGUACAUCCUGCCGACCGAGAGUCCUUCCUCCCCUCAGUUCACCCACCAGCAAAUCCUGUCUCUGCCCAGUGCCGCCGUGGCCAAUGGCACGCACUCAGGGGCAGGAAUCCGAGUCAGUCCCGGGACCAGAGUUCAAACCCAGUCGCCGGUCUUGCAGAGCAAGAUGUUGGUUCCCAUGACAACAGUGAGAACAGGGUCUACUCCUCCUCAUCCUUCCAUUUCCCUGGUGGCUCCGCCUCUUCCUAUGCAGAACGGCCCUGCGACAGGAAACAAGAUCAUCCAGAUCGCUCCUAUGCCUGUGGUCCAGACCAACCUUCAUCAUAGCACCACACCAACAGUACAUCCUGGGAGCCCCUUUCCUGUUUCCGUGGCAACAGUGAUGGCUCACGGUGCUGCGCCCCCACAGACCGUUCUUCUGACCUCCCCACCCACCAGGAUCACCUAUGUCCAGUCUGGCCCAGGAGCCGCCACAGCAACGCCCCAGCAGGCCAUGCCUGCAUCUGGCCCCGCGUAUCUCCCAUCACCUCUGGCAACCCUGGGAUUCACUGCUAUCGCCCCGGCUGGGCAAACCCUGGUUCAGCCAAUCGUUGGUCAGUCACCGCUGCUGGCUCCAGCCCCGCCUUUGACCUGUCAAUCACAGACUCCCCCAGGCCAGGCCUCGGUAGCCGCUGGUCAUCAGGUGCUAACUGCCAUCUACCCUGCACCAACUGUUGCACUGGCUACUGGCGUGGUCUCUGUGACAACCAUGCCACCCACUGUGGCAGCCCCAGCCCAAGACCUGAUAAACCCAUCCUCUCCAUUGGCAGCAGGGGUGCCGAGUUCAGUGGUGGUGACCUCUCAGCCGGGCCUGGCAGUGGAGGUGGAGCCGAAGGUGGAGGUGAAGAGAGAGAACAAGUCGGAUGCUCAGAUUGAGGAUGGAGAAAAGGGGAUGUCCGUGGCCACCUGUACCAGCAACGUUGCAACAGUAAAAAAAGAGGAGGACAUCGGUCUGUAUGUUAAAGAGGAAAAUGUGAGAGACGUGCAUGGCAGGGAGAAACAAAGUGAGAUGGAUGCAGAGCGUGAAAGAGGGAUGACAGAGAGCAGUGAAAAGAAUAGAGACAGAGAGGACCACAGUAUGGACGACAGCAGCAAAGAGGCUGGACCUCAUUCCCCUCCACCAACCUCAGGUUUGGACCCCUCUCCACCACCUACUGUGGAAAGAGAGACUCCUUCCUCAUCAAAGAAGACCAAGUUUCGACCCCCGCCGCUCAAAAAGACACCCGACUCUCUCGACAAGGUCUUGUCUGAGACAUACUUUAAGGAGCGUUUUGCUGAGCUUCCGGAGUUUAAUCCAGAGGAGGGCCUUUCCUCCCCCACACUGCAGAGCCUGGCCACCUCACCAAGAGCCAUCCUGGGAAGCUACCGCAAGAAGGGGCGUAAUUCCAACGAGCUGGAUGUCACAGCAGAGGACCCCAGCUCCCCAAGGAGGAAGACUCGACGUCUGUCCAGCUGUGGCUCUGAGCCCAACACCCCCAAGUGUGCAGCAAAGUGUGAGGGAGACAUCUUCACCUUCGACAGAGCAGGUACAGAGGGCAACGACCUUUUAGGAGACUUGGACAGGGUCCCCUACUCAUCCCUGCGGAGAACUCUAGAUCAGCGGCGGGCUCUGGUUAUGCAGCUGUUUCAGGAACAUGGCUUCUUUCCCUCAGCUCAGGCCACCGCUGCCUUCCAGGCACGCUACUCAGACACCUUCCCCAACAAAAUGUGUCUACAGCUAAAGAUCCGUGAAGUCCGUCAGAAGAUCAUGCAGGCGGCCACGCCUGGAACCUUUGAGCCUGGAGGGCCAGCCGAAGCCAACCUUGCUCCCUCCCACAGCUCCUCUUUCAGUCAAUCAGCUCAGGAGGAUGGAGGAGCAGAGCAGCAAGAAGACAAAGGCUGGAGCCCGGAGGAGCAGAAAAGUGAAGGAUUAUGAGGUGGAGAGGAUGACGAAGCUGAAAAAAAAGGAAAAGAAGAGGGAGCGGAGUGUGUCAUUGCUGCAGUGUUCUUGAAUGAGUUGAACAAGUACUGAGGAUGGCUCCAGCAGGAUCCAUUAUACUGGCACUAAUCUUCACCAUACCUGGAAAGAUAAACAUUUGAAUAUGGUCACAGAUAUUCAUACUACUCAAGGUGCGCUUGAUUUGUCUAACCAGACAAAAAAAAGCCUCAAAAGUGGACAAAUCACAUGCAAGUCCUGAUGAUUCAGGUGCUUCUUGUAGUAACGUUUUUACUUAUUUUCCAAGUAUCCAGAAAUUUUCAGUUAACACUUUGCCCAGGUCUGCUCUCAGCACAUUUGUAGAGUAGUUUAUAGUUUGACACACAAACUCUGUGGUACACACUCUCAAUCUCUCUGGCGCACACACAUGCACCCUUAACUAAUCAGACUGUUACUCUUGGCUGGUAGUCUCCAGGAGCCGCCACCAAGGACCAUGACACACAGAGGCACUUUGUCACUUAUUGUGCAGAUGCAGUUUGCUGUCGCCAGCCAGCCAGCCCUCAGAUGCCAUUGACUUGACCUCCUUCUUGCCCUUCCGCUCCUCAGCACAGUGGUUGGGACACAGAACACAACCCCAAUGACCUCCACUGAUAUUCCACAGCCCCUCGAUGCUGCAAGACAGACAGCACACACACACGCACACACACACACACACAUAUAUACAGUACACUCACACAAAGACCCACAGUGCAUGGACACAUCUGUGCAGUGUGAGCACUCGUACACAAACAUAGUCAACCCUGGUCUGACCAAGCCAUUGACCUGCACAGUUUUUAGUGAUUGUAAUGAGAGGAGAAACUGAAAGCGUGAAAUCUACUUGCUCCUGAAAAACAAAAAGAAGGCAGGAGUUGGGAUGUAGUGUGACCAAUCUUUGCACCUUCAGUUAUUGCCAUUUUGAAAGACUGAGUCUCAUUGAUGGGAGCUGAUUAUAUAUGUCUGUAUGUCUGUUGGGGUCCCCUCCCCAAAACCUGUCAACAGGCACCUUAAAAGAGAUUAUGUAAAGAGACUAUUGAUUGCAAGUCUUUGAAGAAUCAACAUUAAGUUCGACACUGACUGGCUCCCAACAGAGCACAGAGAAAAGUCAGAAGAAGAAACAUUGAAUGGAAGAUUUAUAUUCCAACAAUAGGAAAACGGAAAAUAAUAAGGACAACAACAUGACAAGCUUACCAACAGAGAGAAAAAGUAGAAUUAACCAAACUUCUCUGAAUCUCCCAGUGGAUAUGAUGUUGCUUUCUCUCGUUAUCGUUGCCGUGGAAAUAACCAGUUUUACCGUGGCCUGUUUUUCUCUCUUGUGGCUCUAUUGUGUUUCUUCUCCAGCAUAAAAAAAUCACAAAAA